AUGAAAUUACCAUUAGCAUUAGUAAGUUUGUUUGUUGUCAAUGCCUGUUCGUUGACCUUGACUCAACCAGUGGCAACACCAGAGCCUAGUCUGGCUUUUUCCACAGCUUUGUCGGAACCUACUCAACAUCUAUUCAAAAGACAGAAGGAAGUGAUAAUCAACAAGGACCAUGCAAAACAUCAGGCUCAAAAAACAUCGUCAUCAUCUUCAAUCAAACCUCCCGAUCCUUGGUACCGUACAGUUGAUGGUCAAGUUGAGAUCGUUAGACCAACUGUGAUUGCAGGAGUUACGAUUAGUGCUAAGCCGCCAAAGACAACUGACCCAUUACAAGAGUGGGUCAGCUUGGAUAAAACGGGUAAACCAAAAACAAUUAGACCGGAGAUAAAGAAUGGAAGAACUAAAAAAGGGCGUCCCGAUUAUAGUACUUACUUUCAGAGUGCUACUACCGUGACUUACAACAAAGAACAAUUGAAGGCACAUAAUAUGGCCGAGGACGAAGUGUUUGAGGAAGUAAUACAAAUCGAGGAAUCGGACUUGGAAGACCAUUUGUUGAAUCCCAUAAUACGGUGCACCCCAGACAGGUACAAAAAGAAAGGUAUUGCUAAGGAUGUAUUAACUGAACCAUUUUGCACUCCAGAAGAUGACGUUAGAUUAAUAUUGGACAAGACUCAUUUUAUAACGUGGUAUUCACGUUAUUUUGCUCCAGAGGUGAAAAAGGUUAGAAUUCAUUUGUCCAAUGUGAAAGAGAGCGCCAAACAAAAAGGUUUCAAAAAGAGGGAUCUUGACGAUCUCAAUGAAGCAGAUGACAUUGAUUAUACACCAUUCGACAAAAGGUCAAAGGUCCUUGAACAUGGAGGUAAAGUCAAAGAAGGCUUUUUUGUAUCUGAAUGGGUGAGCAAUGAAGACGGAUUUUAUCCAUUAACCAUUAUUCAAGAUUGGUUCCCCAAAAAUGUAUAUGAGAAAAAGGUUCUUAUUUCUUUACAACCUGACAACGUUCCCGAUGACGAGUUUAAUGUAUUGACAGACUCGAUAGUGGUGGAGUUUUGGAAAGGUGCAAAAGUUGGUAAAGGUGAAUUUGCUGAUUUGCAACGACAGGAGGAGAAGCAUGUGAACAAGUACUUGACUGGUGACAAUAUUGAAGAAGGUAUCGAUUACGAGGAGUAUAUAGUGAUGAUGACUUUGCCAACUUGUGUUGUGAUUGCAGCAUUCGGUAUGUGGCUUUUCGUUAGAAUCAAUCGUUUUGAUCUAAGUCAUUUGAAAAAGAAAAAGUUUGCCAGAGAGAAGACAACUCACAGAAUGAUUCCAUUUGUUUCUAAAAAGAAGAGGAACUAUGAAAGCUUGCCACUCAGCAAUAUGGAUAUAGGUGGAUCGAAACGAGAUUAA